UCGCGGGAACCGAGAGCGAACAAUCAGGUGCUCCUCAGGCUGCACCAGCUGCUCGUUAGUCUUCAUUUACCUGUCAAUCUGAGAACAUCUAGAGAUCCUCAUGCGGUCAUGAGAUUCACGCACGACAGGUGAAGUUAGUUAGUCGUCCAGGGAGUAUUCGGGACUUUCCGGGAGUACUCGGACAAAAACCAUAUCGUUCCCCGAGUCCCGUUUCACUUUUCGCUAUCGACUUCGUUCGCACGUGCAAAGAACACCCGAGUCGCGAGAUCAUGUCGCGGAAAAAGGCGCUCAAGGGCACUAAGGGGGCAUCAAAGAGCCCCAAGGCGUCGCCCUGCAAAGACGGCGUAGGGAAAAGUGGCAAGUGUGCCGUCGCCGCGUCCGGCGGCGCGGUGCACCCCAGCGCGCCGUCCAUCAGCACCAGCGGGGGGUUCUACGACGUCGCCUUCAAGGUGAUGCUGGUGGGAGACUCCGGCGUGGGGAAGACUUGUCUGCUGGUGCGCUUCAAAGACGGAGCCUUCCUCGCAGGCAGCUUCAUCUCCACUGUGGGGAUCGACUUCCGGAAUAAAGUCCUGAAUAUCGACACGAUCAAAGUCAAGCUCCAGAUUUGGGACACAGCUGGACAGGAGCGAUUCCGCAGCGUCACACACGCUUACUACCGCGACGCCCACGAAAGCAAGACUUUCUUCUAUGGAAGUUGAGUAAUGAGAAAGAAGGCAGACCUUCAAGGCCAGAGAUGGGAUCUGUCUGCAUGCAUUUCUGUGAGUUGGAUCAUGUUGAUGCCUUCACUUCAUUUAUUUGAAUAUAUUACUCUUUAGAAUUCUUUCCUUUGACUAUUUAUUUUGUACUCUUGGGGUACUUGUGGGUUUUCCGACCUCCUUGAUCAAAUUGUUUAAAGUACUUUUUCCACUUGUUUUCAAUUCACUGUCAUGUGUUUGGUUCAAAACUUGUCCUCGACUCACGUGGCGUUCAUUUUGAAACCUCUCUCUACCAUUCACCUAAAUAGCAUUUGAUGAGCAUCAUGAUGUG